AUGGCCACCGCUAUUAAUAGGAUAACCGAAGUGCUAGAGCGUUUGACGGACCGUCAAGGUCCUGGACCAGUGCAUGAACAACCUGGUGGGCAGGUAGAUACUGAAGAUAGGGCCUUGGAGAGGUUCUUGAAGUUUGGGCCGCCUAAGUUUCAAGGUGGGCCAGAGCCUGAAAUAGCUGAGGGAUGGUGGGAGAGAAUAUCUGAUAUUUUUGCCACAUUGGAUUACACUGAGACGCGGAAGGUGACUUUUGCGUCAUUUCAAUUUGAGCGAGCUGCACGGUCUUGGUGGAAUUUGAUUAAGGAUAAGUGGGAUAGAGACCGUACCCCUAGUAUUUGGGCAAACUUCACCCGUGAGUUUAAUGUCAAAUUUCUUCCACCUCUAGUCCAAGAGAAAAGGGAGGAUGACUUUAUUAAGUGCAAACAAGGGGCCAUGAGUGUAGCGGAGUAUGAGACCAACUUUACUAAAUUAGCCCGAUAUGCCCCUGAUCUGUUAGCCACUGAGCAGAGACGCAUUAGGAGAUUUGUGCAAGGGCUCAAUGUGGAGAUUCAAGAGGGGCUAGCAACUGCUCAAAUUAACACGUAUAGUGAUGCCGUAGAGAAAGCUCAGAGGUUUGAGACGGCUAGAGCCCAAUCUAGAUCAUUCUUUGCUAGGAAAAGGAAUGCCCCUAGUGGUAGCAGAGACCCAAUUUCUACAAGUGCCCCACCGCCUAAGAUGGGUAGAGGAACUGGGGUAGUGAAUAUCCCUAUUGCAUCGAGAGGUGCUUUAACAAGGGGUGCUGGAGCUAGAGGCUCUGGGACGAGAGGAUCUGGAGUGAGAGGAGGUCAAAGUGGAAGGGGACCCCCUAGGAGUGCUCCACAAGGUGUACAAGUGUCAACCCCUCAGAUAACCUGUGGUUACUGUGGAAAAGCCAAUCAUACCGCAAAUAAGUGCUGGAGAAAGGAGGGCAAGUGCCUCAGGUGUGGGAGUGCUGAGCACCAAAUUGCUAAUUGUCCUAAGAUUUCCGAGAAUGGGGGAAGCCAAGGAGGUGCCACAAGUUCUAGGCAAACUGCUUCUGGAGGGAGUCGGCCAAAGGUCCCGGCCAGGGUUUGUGCCCUAGAUAGUCAACCUGUACCUGACCCUUCGGAGGUAGUCGAAGGUACACUUCCAAUCUUUCAUCGAUUAGCUAAGGUUUUAAUUGAUUCCGGUGCGACUCAUUCGUUUGUUAAUCCUGCUUUUAUGUAUGGAAUUGAUGUAAAGCCUGUACGAUUACCCUAUGAUUUGGAAGUUAGGACUUCUACGGGUAAUAAGAGCAUGCUCACUAGUUUAGUGUAUAAGGAGUGUGAAUUUUGGGUUGGAGAGCGAAAAAUGCUAGUUGACUUGGUGAAUUUGGACCUUAAGGGGUAUGAUGUGAUUAUAGGAAUGGACUUUUUGUCUUACCACCGUGCUAAGCUAGAUUGUAGAGCUAAAGUGGUGGAAUUUUGCAUCCCAGGCGAGGCAACUCUCAAGCUAGAUGUAAGGGGUAGAUUAGCUUCGUCUGCUUUGAUUUCAGGGAUUCAAGCUAGGAAAAUGCUUCACAAGGGAACCCAGGUUUCUUAG